UCUACACACACAACAUCUCAAGGUAUUUUCAAAGCCCAUCUCCUUCUCCAAUGGCCUUUAUUCCUCAGUUCUAUUCAAACUACACAUUCCCUAUUGAUCUCACAGCUCUAGUGGUGCCUCCUCUCACUGACAAUUCCUCAGUUUUGGGCAAUCCAAUCAUGUGGGCUCAAGAUAACAGCUUCAGCACUCCUGUUCAUCAUAAUGGGGCACUUGAUUGUCAUCUUGUGGAUUCCAUGCCUUCUUCUGCUUGGCUGCCAUCUUUCUCAGAGCAAAAUGGGAGUGUUUCAGAAUACAAAGUGGGCUUCUAUGGUGCCAUUGCUGGGUUUCAGAAUUUUAGUGAUGGAUGCCACUCUCAAUUUGCUGAUUUUGAAGAGGAUAUUAAGCCACCUGCUUAUUCUAAUACUGCCACCGAAAACUGGGGACUUGAAGGUAAUCAAGCGCCAGCUGGUGAAGAACCUAACAUAAAGGUAGAAAGAUACUCAGAAGAAGAAAGGAAGGAAAGAAUUCUACGAUAUUUGAAGAAAAGAAAUCAAAGGAACUUUAACAAAACCAUCAAGUAUGCAUGUCGAAAAACCUUGGCUGAUCGGCGGGUAAGAGUUAGGGGAAGGUUUGCAAGAAACAAUGAACUCUCCGAGGAAGACAUGGCAAGGAAAAAGCAUGAGAAUAAUCACAAAGAGGACUUUUAUGGUGAUGAUUCAAUCCAGUUACAGUUACAGAAUGAUGAUGACGAUUGGCUGCAAGAGGCCAUGGACUCAAUAGAAAACCAUGUUCAGCAUAUAAAGUCAAUUCUUAUAUGCUAAUUUGUUCCUUUUGAUAAUCAAGCACGUAGAUGAAACUUUGAUUGCAUGGCGGUGUAACCAGUUCAUGGGCAUCUUUGCUAAGAGAAUUGGAUGACCCUAGUUUGACUGAGUACAUGUUGAUUGACACAUAUUAAGAUUCCAUAUGACAUUAUGUUUGAAUAGACAGAAAUAUUCCCAAAAAAAAACAUAGCUUAUGCCUCAAAAUUCAUGUAUUUAACUAGAUUGUGUCUAUUAUUGUAAUUACGUUAAUU